CAUCAUCAUCAUCAUCACCCGAGACCUACUCCUGACAAGAUACACGCCGCUCGGUUUUAUGGACGCGACGCGACCGGCUCGGUGAAUGAACGCGGCUGACGCGACGCGCGUCGCUGUCCGCGGUGCUGAAACAUGUGUGUCUGGAGGUCGGGCAGCUGCGAAGGCCCAUGCGGAGGCUCGCAGCGCUGAGUGACGCUCUGGUUCCCCAGCAUGGGCAGUGUAGGCAGCGGAGUGGCUGGUGAGCAGGAGUUUGCCAUGAAGAGCGUGGGCACUCGCACCACUCUCCCUCGUGGCCCUCCUCUGUCCCGUCUCCACGCACCUCCCUCUGCCUCGGACGACCCCAGCGACAGCACCGCCACGGAUCGAGGCCAACUCAACAUCGCCUCGUCUCGGCCCAGCCACAGGGACAAGGCCGCGCACAGAGUGUCUCUGGAUGCUUGCGGUAACGUGGUGGGUCACGGCGCGGAGAAGAACCACGAGGUAAAGGGCAGAGACGGGAACAACAGCAAGAGAGACAGUCGCACGCCACCCAAGAUCCUCACUGUGUCCGGCAAACUCGAGCAGAAUAAUUCUGCUCUGGUCCGGCCGUCUGCCUUCAAACCCGUGGUGCCCAAGAGUUUUCACUCCAUGCAGAACCUGCUGGGUCAGUCCAGUGGAGGACGAUCUGCUGGCUCCGACGCUCCGCACAGCCACAUCAACAGACUGAGCAGCACAGCGGCGCCGCUGGAGAAACCAGACAAACCCAGCUAUCAGAACGGCCUGAGCGUGUCCGACAGUGGACAGUCCUCCUCCGGGAAGAGCUGCUUGUCCUAUCAGAGACUCUGUCAGACCACCGUCCAGCCGUCGCCCUCCACCGACGACAUUAUCCAGGACCUGGAGGACCGACUCUGGGAGAAAGAGCAGGAGGUGAUCCACAUGCGGCGUAACCUGGACCAGAGCGAGGCGGCCAUCGUGCAGGUGUUCGAGGAGAAGCAUUGCGUCUGGGAGCGAGACAUGGAGGAGCUGAGGCAGAACUACGCCGGCCGUCUGCAGCAGGUGACCCACCGAGCCCAGCGCACACAGCAGGCCCUGCAGACCCACAUCGCCCAUCUGCAGCAGGACAAGGGCCGGCUCCAGGACGAGAUCAGCGCUCUGCUCGCACAGAGAGAGGAGCUGGAGCACAAGUGUCUGGAUUACCGCAAGGAGCAGGCGGAUAUACUGCCUCGCCUGGAGGAGACCAAGUGGGAGCUGUGUCAGAAAGCGGGCGAGAUCUCUCUGCUGAAGCAGCAGCUGCGGGAGAGUCAGAACGAGGUUACGCAGCGCGCCGGAGAGAUGGUGGCCCUCAGGGGCCAGCUGAAGGAGCUCAAGGGCCAGAUGAAGGAGCGCGAGGAGACCAUGAUCGGCCUGAAGGACUCGUACACCAACAAGAGCCGCGAGCUGGAGAGAUGUGAAGGAGAACUGAAGAGAACGCUGACAGAGGUGUCGAUGUUGCGUGACAAGCUGGUGGUGUUCGAGGCCGAGGUUCUGGGUCUCAAGCGGGCUCUGAGCGAGCUGAGCUGCAGGAGCGAUCACGCCGUGUGUCUGAGGGACAUCAGCGGCUGCAGCAGCUUACCGUGGGCCGGCCUGCACUCGCCCCGCUCGCCCGAAGCCCUGCCCAUCGACAGCUUCCUCAGCCUGCAGAGCGACGAGGCCAAAGCGCAGCGGCAGGAGGCGGGAGAGCUGCGGCGGAAGCUGGAGAGACUGCAGGGCGAGCUGCACCUGGAGCGGCAGCAGAGAGAGAGGCAGGUGCUCACCUUCGCUCAGGAGCGACACACCUGGCAGGGAGAGAAGGAGCGAGUGCUGAAGUACCAGGCGCAGCUGCAACUCAGCUACGUGGAGACGCUGCAGAGGAACCAGGCGCUGGAGGAGCGGGUCGGCCAGCUCGGAGCCAAACUGGGCACCUCGCCCGGAUCACCCGUCAGCCUCUCCAUCCCCGUUCUGGGCGAGAAAGAGCGUGUGCUGAAGUAUCAGGCGCUGGAGGAGCGGGUCGGAGCUAAACUGGGCCCCAGGCCCGGAUCGCCCGGAUCGCCCGUCGGUCUCUCCGUCCCUGUUCCGCUGACCGCCGACGAUCCCAAACCGAUCCUGCAUCAGCUGGCGCCUCCGUGGCCCGGACCUACUCGCCUGGAGCGGAUCGAGUCCACGGAGAUUUAGACGCGAGACAAUCGACGCGAGACUGUUCUGUGUGAAGACUAAAGAGUGUUACUGCAACACAUGAAAGAAUUAUGCAGUUGAGAAUUAAAAGUGAUGCACAUUUCUCCAGCUUUUAAUCUUCUGAGAUCUCUUUUGGUUAUCAGUGAUAUGGAGGGGAAAUGUUUCAGUAGACUGUGUGGGCCGUAUGGGACCGGUCAAAAGCUUUGGAAUAAUUACAAUUAAUGUUUUUGAAAGAAG